GAGGUGGUUGGCGCGUAUAAACAGAGGAGGUGGGGUUGGCGCUCUGCUUUCCACCUCUGCUCGCCAAAAACACGAGUCUCCUUCGGCCCCGUCGCCAUCGCCCACGCCCACGCCCGCCGCGGCGCCGCUGGGCCGCUCAGCCAACCCCAGCAACCCGGCCUACAAAUCCUACACGCAUACCACUCGCCCCGGCGGCCCGGCAUAAUCGUCUCGUCGAUCGAUCAAUCUCCGUGAGCGCGUCCAUGGCGCCGCGUGGAACGGCGGCGAUGAGCAGGUUCCCGCCGGUGUCGUCCUACGACGCGUCGGCGCGCGAGCGGCGCACGGCGGCGUCGGACCUGGACGGCACCCUGCUGGCCUCCUCCUCCGCGUUCCCCUACUACUUCCUCGUGGCGCUCGAGGCCGGGGGCUACCUCCGGGCCCUCGCGCUGCUCCUCCUGGCCCCGUUCAUCCUGCUCCUCUACACCGCCGUCUCCGAGCCGGCCGCCAUCGGGCUGCUCGUCUUCGCAACGUUCGCGGGGCUCCGGGUGCGCGACGUGGAGGCAGUGGCGAGGGGCGUGCUCCCCCGGCACUACGCCGCAGGGGUGCGCGCCGACUCGUGGGAGGUGUUCCGCGGGUGCGGCGCGGGCAGGCGGGUCGUGGUCACCGCGUCGCCGGCUGUCAUGGUGAGCCCGUUCGUCCGCGAGUUCCUGGGGGCCGAGGUGGCCGGGACGGAGCUCGGGGCCUGCUGCGGGCGCUUCACGGGGCUCAUCAGCGGCGGGGUGCUCGUCGCCGGGAGGAAGAGGGAGGUCGUGGAGCGGCUGUUUGCCGGCGGGGACAUGCCGGACGUCGGGCUCGGCGACCGCGAGAGCGACCACGACUUCAUGGCCAUCUGCAAGGAAGCCUACAUGGUGCCCACGAACAAGAGCGCGCCGCGCGUGGCCGCCGACGCUCUGCUGUCCAGCGUCGUGUUCCACGACGGCCGCCUGGUCCGCCGGCCAGACCCGGCGCAGGCGCUCUUCGCGUUGGCCUACCUCCCGGUGGGCUUCGCCCUGGCCGUCUUCCGCGUCCUCAUCAGCCUCCCCGUCCCGCCGCACCUCGUGCGCCACACGUACCGACUGACCGGCAUCCGGCUCGCCGUCCAGGGCACGCCUCCUCCGGCGCCGCGCGAGGGCUCACCCGGGUCCCUCCUCGUGUGCAACCACCGCACGGCGCUGGACCCCAUCAUCGUGGCCGUGGCGCUGGGACGGCCGGUGACGUGCGUGACCUACAGCGUGAGCCGGCUGUCGACGGCCAUCUCGCCGAUCCCGGCGGUGGCGCUUGCGAGGGACCGGGAGGCCGACGCGGCGCGCAUCGGGGAGCUGCUGGCCUCCGGGCGCGACGUGGUGGUGUGCCCGGAGGGGACGACGUGCCGGGAGCCGUGCCUUCUGCGGUUCUCGACGCUGUUCGCGGAGCUGACGGACCGGAUCGUGCCGGUGGCGCUGGAGGCGGCGCAGUCGACCUACUACGGGUCAACGGCGAGGGGGUGGAAGGCCAUGGACCCGUGGUUCUUCUACAUGAACCCGCGGCCGGGCUACAAGGUGACGUUCCUGCCGGCGCUGCGGCCCGAGGAGACGUGCGGCGGCGGCGGGAGGAGCGCCGUGGACGUGGCCAACCACGUGCAGGCGGUGAUCGGCAAGGAGCUCGGAUACCGGUGCACCACGCUCACCAGGAAGGACAAGUACAUGAAGCUCGCCGGCAACGACGGCACGGUCGCCGCCGCCGGCGACGACGGCAAGAAGUUUGCGUAAACCGCGGAACUGUAUAGGUAGUCACGAUUCAUGGACCAGCGUAGUGCUGUAGUUUCUGUUCUGUAGGCUGUACCACGAUUUUCUAGUGUUUUCCCCUGCUUUGGCAAUUUCACUUCCUCUGCACAUUGUCUGGUCAAACAGAAGAAAGUUGAGAGCAACAGCAAGCAUGAACAUCAUCAAAA